CGUCGACCGCCAUGUUGCGUUCCUCGUUUUUCUUUUUUUUUUUCGCUCUGUGACGCUAGAAGCUGCUGCUUUUUCCGCGCUGGGAACGUGCAGGACAAGAGAAGGAUCGCGCCGCUCAUUCGUCUGCCUGGGGCGGAACGCUUAAAAGGGUAAUUUAAGAUGUCUAACGGUUAUGAAGAUCACAUGGAUGAUGUCUGCAGGGACGACAUGGGCAGAACUAACUUAAUUGUCAACUACUUGCCUCAAAAUAUGACGCAGGAUGAGCUGCGCAGCCUUUUCAGCAGCAUUGGAGAGGUGGAAUCUGCCAAGCUAAUACGUGACAAGGUUGCAGCUCCCUUGGAAAAUGAAAGUGAUGUACAGAGACAAGCUAGUGUUGCAGGGCACAGCUUAGGAUAUGGCUUUGUGAAUUACUUAAAUGCUAAAGAUGCUGAAAGAGCAAUAAACACACUUAAUGGAUUGAGACUGCAAUCAAAAACUAUAAAGGUUUCGUUUGCCCGUCCAAGUUCAGAAAAUAUCAAGGAUGCAAACUUGUACAUCAGUGGACUACCAAGGACAAUGACACAGAAAGAUGUUGAAGAUAUGUUUUCAGGUUUUGGCCGCAUCAUCAAUUCUCGUGUUCUUGUUGAUCAGGCUACUGGAUUAUCCCGUGGAGUUGCUUUUAUACGGUUUGACAAGCGAUCAGAAGCGGAGGAGGCAAUUGCCAGCUUCAAUGGCCAUAAACCACCAGGCUCAUCUGAACCUAUAACAGUAAAGUUUGCUGCUAAUCCAAACCAGAAUAAAAACAUGGCGCUUCUUUCUCAGCUGUGCCAUUCUCCAGCGCGACGGUUUGGAGGCCCUGUUCACCAUCAGGCUCAAAGAUUCAGGUUUUCACCUAUGGGGGUAGAUCACAUGAGUAGUAUAUCUGGUGUGAAUGUUGCCAGCAGUGCUUCGUCUGGAUGGUGCAUCUUCAUCUACAAUCUUGGCCAAGACGCAGAUGAAGGAAUACUUUGGCAGAUGUUUGGUCCAUUUGGCGCUGUCACUAAUGUGAAGGUUAUCCGUGAUUUCAACACCAACAAGUGCAAAGGGUUUGGCUUUGUGACCAUGACAAACUAUGAAGAAGCAGCCAUGGCCAUUGCAAGUUUGAAUGGCUAUCGUUUAGGGGACAAGACAUUACAAGUUUCGUUCAAAACCAGCAAGUCCCACAAAUAACUUGCUCUUGUCUUUUGUAUGGAAUAGAGGAAAUAAGAUUUGACAAAGUUGGGGGGAAGACUUUUUUCUUUUCUUUGUUAGUGUAAAACUCAUUUGCGCCAAUUUUCACAAGUGUGUUUUUGUCUUAGUCUAAAUGAAAUGUGGAUAAAAGAUUUUUUAUACUCUAGGGAUGCAACUUACAUGUUCAAAUGUUUGAGAUCCCAACAUGUUAGGCCAAUUUUAAGUUCCUUAAGUUAUUUACUUUAAAUAUACAAAUAAAAUAUGACUAAAUAACAUUAAGUAUACCCUAUGGACAAAGAUAACGUUAAGCAUGCACUAACCUUAAAGACUUCAAGAAGGUUUGCUCUGUGGGUUUCUAUUUUCCAGACUCUGGAAAUUGCGUUUUUUUAAUCAAGCUGUCAGGAUGCCAGCUUAAGUACUUGUAUGUGUGUAUAAAUAUAUAUAUACAUUUUUUUUUUUUUUUUUCGGUUUUUUACCAUCCCUCUUCUCACUGAUUUAUACAGCCUGAUCCUUUGUUUUCUAAAAGCUUAUAAUUUCAGUUUACUCAAAAUGGAGAUGCAUUAACAGUUCUGUUACUGUGUGUAGCUGCCUACGUAAAAGGGGGUUCUCCGGGAAUGAUUUAAAAUGGCUGCCAGCAACCUAUUCUAGAAUGUGAGGAAGACGGAUUGCCUUCACCUGCGGAGCUGCCAAUGGGGUGAGGGGGCAAGGCCUCUGGCAAUUGAAUACACUACAUGUUGGUGAGUUUUCCUGUCGGGCUGCUCAGCCAUGAUUGCAUACUCUAGGUAGAAUCACAUUGUUGCCAUCUAUUGUAGGGCAGUGUAGUAAGGCCUGCACCCUUAACCCCUAGGCAUGUCUGCAAAUGGUGCAAACCAAUCCUUCUGACAUUCUAGGACACGUUGCUGGCAGCCAAUUUAAAUAAUUCCUGUAGAAUCCCUUUAGUGUUUAACUAAUAUGCCCAUAUUUGCACCAUGUUUCCAGGGGGCUACAGUAUUCUGUGCCCUUUUUAUCGUAUGUUACUGUCAUCUUUGAAAGUAAAGUAUGCCCCUGAGUUCCUUCCAAAGUCAAAUGAGUUAUGCUUGUGCUUUAGAGCCAUUGAAAAACGUAAAAUCUGUCAUUUACUCAGGCUUUACAUUAAUUUACUCAGCUUGGUUUAAAGAGGACCAGUCGCCACAAAUUGCAGUGCAGUCUCCAGGCAGCGUGUUUAUAGAGCGUAAUAAGCGGAGCUGGUUGAUACAUCAUUUUGUUGGAAAAGAUUCAGUAAAAUUUGUGAUCUGUCCUGUUAAAUCUUUUUGUGCUCAGUUGCCCAAGUAGGCCAUCUUAUGAGUAAUUGACUUCCUCUCCUGUGAGUAUAAGGGCUGUUUCACACGAGCAGAUGCCUUGCGUGACAUCCGCUCCGUGAAUGACAGCCAAGACCCGAUGCGGACAGCAGAAGCAUGGAGCAGUAAC